CAUAAUAUGAUUGCAAUCGAAGCAGGGUACCAGCUGUGAGAAUAACGGCCACAACAAAUCCAAUGAAACAGCAUGGCAGCGGAGUUGAGCCCUGGAACACCUGCGAAUAGGCACGAAAAAAGCCUCGGCUUACUCACCACGAAAUUCGUCAAUCUCUUACAGGAGGCUAAAGAUGGGGUUCUUGAUCUGAAAGUGGCAGCUGACACAUUAGCAGUACGACAAAAAAGAAGAAUAUAUGAUAUCACAAAUGUCUUGGAAGGAAUCGGUCUCAUUGAGAAGAAGUCCAAAAACAGCAUACAAUGGAAGGGGGCAGGACCGGGCUGCAACACGACCGAGAUGUCAGACCGUCUGGAAGUGCUGAAGGAAGAACUGCGAGAGAUGGAAGACAUCGAGGCAGAGUUAGACGAACUAAGGAGCAGAAUACAGCAAAGCAUAAGGAACGUCACAGACGACCAAGAAAACAGUAGGUUGGCGUAUGUCACUCAUGAAGAUCUUUGUAGAUGUUUCAAAGGAGAUACGUUACUAGCAACCCAAGCCCCAUCAGGAACACAGCUACAGGUGCCUGUCCCAGAAACUGGCCCAGACAACAAAAAACGGUACCAGAUUCACCUCAAAAGCUACAAAGGUCCCAUCUUUGUCACACUAGUCAACAAAGACGAGGCCAGCGACAGUCCAGUGGUUGUGCCUGUACCUCCCCACGACCUGCAGCCAGCGGUGCUAGGUGGGGGUGGGGUACCAGUCGGGAGUCGGUUGGUCCCUACCGACGCAUUCCCUAAGGAGGAGUCCAGGCUAGCCCAAGCCAAGGCAGAGCCGGUAGCCAAAACGUCAGAGGUGUUACCGGUAGCCAUCAAGAAGGAAACGGAUGCAAAUGGAACCAGCCCAGUAGAUAGUUUGAAGGACAUCCCUACUGAUAUGCUGUUUCAGCCUGGUGAAGAUUCUUUCAUGGACAGCCAGUUGUUGGACGACCUCAUAGCUGGAGAAUCAGGUGACGUGCCGUUCUUGCGUCUCUCCCCGCCUCCUGGAGAACAAGACUACUACUUCAACCUAGACGACAGCGAGGGCGCCUUUGAUCUGUUUGAGAUUGACAUACCGCUGCUCGCGUAGCAUAAUGUAUUUUUUUUUAAUUAGGAAUUUAGCGUGGAGGGUCCAUAGCUGAAAUGAAAUAUCCUGAGGACGAGAACAGAAUUAAAAUGGGCUUGUGGUUUGGAGUAGACUUUGCACUGUGUGAUGUCAGUGACGCACACAUGCUGAUACGUCAUCCAGGCAUUACUCAGGGGCUGUGAUGGGUCUUUAUAUCUCUGACCUCUAGGAAUAUGUAAAACUUAAAUUGGAGAAUUUAGGACUGUCAGGAUUAAUGACCUCUGUGUUGUGAUUCACGUAAGUAGGCGCUGAUAGAAAAAAUCGAGAGCUUACCGAAAGUCCUUCUUGAAAGAGCCGAAAGAGUACAUUGCCCUUGCACAUUUUCCACUGUGCCCCACCUUCAUCGCGCUGAACACUUUUCAGCCUCACUGUUGUGUGCAACGGCAGUUCACACGACCUCAACAACCUGUAAUUUUCUGUCUUACUAUGCGCACUGAUGAUGGUUCCCCUUCAUACCCAGAAUACCUUGCAAAGGAAGCAAAUUCCUACUUUACUUGUUCAGGUUGUUUUCUGAUGAGUGCUUAUAUUUGCAGUGUUGUGAAGCUUUUGUACCCUUGCUUGAUUUGUUAACGAUCAUGUGGUUUUUUUACCACCAUGUUGGAAUAAAAAGAGGCUUCACUUUGAAAACAGACUUCUUCCCAUUGUUGGCACAUGGUUUCUAAGGUAUGACUUGUACAUGUAUUUACAGCGUAGGAUUCCAUUAAAGUGGUUGAAGCUUGCUGGUGUAGCCUCUCUGUGAAAUUACUUGAUUGGAAUAAAAGAGAGGCUAGACAUGCAAACCUUCCCAAGACACCUUCCCAUCAUUGCUGUAAUGGUUGUUAAGGUUGCCAAUGGUUGUACUGUGAGUGGCCAAAGCUUGUCAAUGCAGCCUCUCUCUAGAAUCACCAUAUUGAAAUCGAAGUGAGGCUGCGGAUGUAAUUUUUCCCAUCAUUGCUGUCAUGGCUGAUACGGUAUUCCAUCCACUGUAAGUAGUCAACGUUUGCUCAUGUGGCCUCUCUCCCAAACUGUCCAUGGGAAGGGUUGACAGACUUUUGCCUAAAUCAUUCAUUCAAUUCAUACUGUCCCAGCAGUGUCAAGUAGACUUCACUUCGGCUUUCACGUGACUGGACUUAGAGCGUGAACUACAGAGGGGGCUAUUUAGCACAGUAAUGUGGGCAAAUAAAAGCCACUUUGGGGGAUUAUACAUGUAUACAAGAGAGGGGUUUGGUACCAGAGCAAAAGAAGCUGUUUCUAAAUCGUGAAUACCCUUUACUAACCAGAGAGGACGUAUACAUGUGUGUACUUGUUCUGCAGUGGGGCCAAACACAUUAUUCCACCUGUUUUGUGUGGCCAGGAAAAUGGGGAGAGAAAGUGUUGCCACAGCUCGGUCCUAACUUGCCUAACCAAAGGAAUUGUCCACUUUACCUGAUGAAGCCCGCCCUGCAUGACUGGUUUGCCCAAAUUUUUACUCGACCAUCAAGCUCACCUGUCCUCAUUGCCUCACCAGGAUGUCUUGGAGAAGUUUAAAAAUACAGGAAGGCAUAGCCUGUUACUGUGACUGAGGGCUUGAUGCUUCUGGAAAGUUAAAGUUACAAAAAAACAUAGCGUUAGUUUCUUGCACAUUGGAAGGUUUGAGGGUUGAGAAGUUUAACUUUUAAUCUUUGGCAAACUAGCUCCAUAUUUUGGCUGGAUGGGUGAGUUAUUUUUUAAUAUAACCUCCAACUCGAAAAGGGGGAACUCAACGGGUCCAAGUUUGUAAAUGGAAAUGAACACUGUUUCUGUAAUUUGAUAAGAAAAAUCAACACAAUGGUUUCUUGGAAUUACAAUGUACAUGUACUUCAGAUGUUUGUGACGAUUCUUUCAGAUUUCUAAUUGUGUCUGGCAUAAUUUUGAAUUGCAGUCCAUCUGAUGGAGCAAUUUUUCCCCCAUAUUCUUGUACUGAUCUGCAGGGAUAUUAAAUGAAAUUCAGUUAUAAAUUCUUUAUGAUGAAAUUGUUUUUGAGAUAUGAAAGUUUUGUGUUGCAUCCGAGGCCCCUUUCUUUUGUUUUUAGUUAAGUUUUAGUUUAAAAUUUUAGUUGGUUUGAUUUUAUUGGUAUCAUUUUUUUUUAUUCUUGGAGGCCUUUGGUUCCAACAAACAGUGGGAGUGUUUUGUUUGCAAGGAACUGGAUGUUGCCAAGGGUUGGAUGAUUUUCAGGAAAAAAGAAAGAAUUUAUUCGUAAUACUAAACAUCCACAGUUGAAAUGUUCGUUUGAAGCAUUCAAACAACACUAGAGUUUAUACAUGUACAUUAAGGAGGUGAGAAACCCCACUUUUUUUACUGGUGAAACGCUCCCUGUAAAACAAAUUCUUAUGUACAAAUGGAGAAGAAUUAAAUUCACCGAAUUUGAAAUGGAA